CGGCGAACAGCUCCAUCUUGAUCCGCCCGACGUCCUUGCCGCCGAUGGUGAUGUCGAAGAAAACGAUGGGGUUGGGCAUGGCUGAGGCGAGGGUGAAAUACAACGCGCCUUGCGAGGCUCCCAUGGAUAUGGCCCAGAAUAUUACAGCAGCACCACAAAGCGGCCAACUAUGGAGCCGGGUCUCAAGGCGCGUGUUUUCGCAGUCCCCAGCGGAUGUAGAUGGCAUGGUCCUAUAUUUAUUGCCAUACUCAAUGUAGCGCUAUCCAUCUGCACAGCGCACUGUUCGUGCGCCAUUUGCGACAGCCUAACACACUUGAGCAUCUCCCUACCCCCGAGUGUUGGUCGAUGUCACUCACCUGCUCCACCAUCGGCAUGCACACUGCCACCAGCCACUGCAGCCGCAGAUGGACGUUGGCCACCUGGACCUAACCGUAAACCUCGACCGAGACCCGCUACAUAUCCAAACCCCAGUGGCUGCGAGACACAAUCUGGGACCCAGCCCAGGAUACAGCCGCUGCAAAAGGACAAAAGCCAGCAUGGCCGCAGUAGCUACUCGCAGAAUGGUGACGACAGAGUGGAAGGCAGACGACACUGGAGGGAAGGAAGCUGGCUCGCAAUCUGCGGAGAGGCGGCAAACAACAGGCGAACAGUGCGCUAUACAGAACAAAUCCAGACUGCACUACCCAGAACUAACCAGCGGACUACGCAUCGAUACACAAAGGAGAGAAGAAAGUGCUCUGAGGAGGAGGACGGUGUCUCUUGGCUGUCAGAGAGUACUCAGAGCACCCCUGCAAGAGCGCUGACGCAUAUGCUGCUCUCCUCCCACCCGCAGAAUACACGGUGCACCAUCAGUUUAAGCACCUGGUGCAUACUUGUCUGUCCGCCGUGUGCUUCUCGGGAGAAGGCGCUUUGCCGAAUAUGCACUUGCUAAAAGGAUGUGCGGGGCUGUCUUUCCCUCCCCGCUUGCAACUGGCAGCAGUCGCUAUCCGCCUGCUCUGCAAAGAACAUGCUUGUGCAUUUUAACAGCCUGUCAAACCCCCCGAGCCGCGAACAAGCGGCAUCGCAUUUUCAUGGUGG